CCUUUAGCCAGCCUGUUAGUCAUUACUAUACUCAUGGGCUUGAGGCCAGCGCCACUCACACUCUCCUCUGCUCAGCAGCAGACGGGCUGAGCUCCUCUUAUCCUUGCAUUCCUUCUCCUCCAUUUCUCUCAAAUCUUUUUCUGAGGGAGGAACAGCUAUAGCUUUGGGGAUAAUAUAGCUUUAAGGAAACUUUUGGCAGAUGCCAAUGUCCUAACAUCUGGGCAGUGUUAACAGAAUCCUGGAGGCCCGGACAGACCAGGAGCCACUCAUUCUAGGAAUGUUAAAAAGUAGUUUUUCCGACUGAUGAGAGGAGCAGAGAAGAAGGAGAAAGAGAAGAAGAGAGAGUACAAAAAACCCGUACAUCAGGAUGGCCAUUCAACUAACUCGAAGAGGAGCUCUCUCUCUGCUUCUCUUCCUCACUCCAACAGUGAUGCCAACAUGGUAUGCAGGCUCAGGCUACUACCCAGAUGAAAGCUACAAUGAAGUCUAUGCUGAAGAGGUCCCACAGACUCCCAUCCUAGACUACCAAGUCCCCCGAUGGUGUUAUACAUUAAAUAUCCAGGAUGGUGAAGCCACAUGCUACUCACCAAGAGGAGGAAAUUAUCACAGCAGCCUGGGCACUCGUUGUGAGCUUUCCUGUGACCGGGGCUUUCGACUGAUUGGACGGAGAUCAGUGCAAUGCCUGCCAAGCCGCCGUUGGUCUGGAACUGCCUACUGCAGGCAGAUGAGAUGCCAUGCAUUGCCAUUCAUCACGAGUGGCACCUACACGUGCACAAAUGGGGUGCUUCUUGACUCUCGCUGUGACUACAGCUGUUCCAGUGGCUACCACUUGGAAGGUGACCGCAGCCGAAUCUGCAUGGAAGAUGGGCGAUGGAGCGGAGGAGAGCCUGUAUGUGUAGACAUAGAUCCCCCCAAGAUCCGUUGUCCCCACUCCCGUGAGAAGAUGGCAGAGCCGGAGAAACUGACUGCUCGAGUAUACUGGGACCCACCCCUGGUGAAAGAUUCUGCUGAUGGUACCAUCACCAGGUUGAUACUUCGAGGCCCUGAACCUGGCUCUCACUUUCCAGAGGGAGAACACGUGAUUCGUUACACUGCUUAUGACCGAGCCUACAACCGGGCCAGCUGCAAGUUCAUUGUAAAAGUACAAGUGAGACGCUGCCCAACUCUGAAACCACCACAGCAUGGCUACCUCACCUGUACCUCAGUGGGGGACAACUAUGGUGCCACCUGUGAGUACCACUGUGAUGGAGGGUAUGAGCGCCAAGGGACCCCCUCACGGGUCUGCCAGUCCAGCCGCCAGUGGUCAGGAUCACCACCCAUCUGUGCUCCUAUGAAGAUUAAUGUCAAUGUCAACUCAGCUGCUGGCCUUCUUGAUCAGUUCUAUGAGAAACGGCGACUUCUCAUCAUCUCAGCCCCUGAUCCCUCCAACCGAUAUUAUAAAAUGCAAAUCUCUAUGCUACAGCAAUCCACUUGUGGACUGGACCUGAGGCACGUGACCAUCAUCGAGCUGGUGGGGCAGCCACCUCAGGAAGUGGGGCGCAUCCGGGAGCAACAGCUGUCAGCCAGUAUCAUUGAGGAACUCAGGCAAUUUCAGCACCUCACGCGCUCCUACUUCAACAUGGUGUUGAUUGACAAGCAGGGAAUUGACCGGGAACGCUACAUGGAACCUGUCACCCCCGAGGAAAUCUUCACGUUCAUUGAUGACUAUCUGCUGAGCAAUGAGGAGCUGAUCCAGCGCCGGGAACAAAGAGACAUAUGCGACUGAACUUGAGUUGGAGCAUGGUUGAGGUCAAGGGAAAAGGUUCCCUGGUCAGCCAAAACUGGGGCCUAAUCAAAGGAGAAAAUGCUUUCCCACAGCUCUGAGGAAAGGACUCUCAGGUGGGUGAGGUUCCCUGAUCCUGGGACAUUUCCAGACACCUUUCUAGGACUGUGUAAUAGUUUCCUCAAGCAAGUCUCUGCUUUAGGUAGCACUGGAAGAGCAUAAGAAGCUAGGGAGGGACUAAGGACAAGCCCUGGGCAGCAGCUUGUGGAUAGAAAGUCUUGCUUCUGCCCAGCUCUCCAAAAUCUUUCAGAGAAGUAAAUUCUAAAUUCACUCACUAA